AUGUACGGGGGUGGCGCCGGAACAACGUCAGGGGCCAUGAAGUCGUGGAUUCGCGCUAUGGUCCUUUAUCCCGAGUGGCUUCAAAGACUCCAGGCAGAGUUGGACGAGGUCGUUGGGACGGACAGAGUGCCCGAGUUUACAGACCUUCCUCGUUUACCCACCGUUCGGGCUGCCAUCAAGGAGACGUUGUGA